GGGAAUUCCCGGUUGGUGGCCUAUUGCUUAACAUCCUACAAAAUGAUUUAAAAUUAAUGUCCUAUGCAUUCAUCUUCACUUAUGAGGGCUGGGAAGUGCUAGAACCCAACACCCCACUAAGCUUGGCCAUCAGCACCUCUGGGAGCUAGCCUGUCUGUUUCCCUCUGGCCAGCUUCCUCACUAGACCCUGCUAUUGGAUUUCCCAACAGAAUUUGUAGUUAAAUGAGAAGGCAUUAACUGAGCGACCUGUUGGAUCCCCUUACAGAUCAUGAUUUUGGAAGGAAGUGGUGUGAUGAAUCUCAAUUCCAGCAACCAUCUUCUCCACCAACAGCCGGCCUGGACAGACAGUUACCCCACGUGCAAUGGUAGGAGGACCUUGGCCUUGGGUGGGGUUAAGGGCUUGGUUCCAUUUCCCCACACUCCGAGGGAAUGUGAAACUGAGUCCCAGAAAAUUGGAUACAACUGCUACCAGCCUUGCAUUGCAGAAGCCCUGACUGCUACAUCCUUAGGCACAGCAAGAAGAUUAGGUGGCAAUGGGUGCACCCCAGCAGAUUCACCGGAUUUAAAAAAGGAGCAGGAGCACCCAGCCAAAUCUCACACCAAAAAACACAACCCUCGAGGGACUCAUUUGUGGGAGUUCAUCCGAGAUAUUCUACUGAACCCAGAAAAGAACCCAGGCUUGAUAAAGUGGGAAGACCGAUCUGAGGGCAUCUUCAGGUUCUUGAAAUCGGAGGCAGUAGCUCAGCUCUGGGGAAAAAAGAAGAACAAUAGUAGUAUGACCUAUGAAAAACUCAGCCGAGCUAUGAGAUAUUAUUAUAAACGAGAAAUCCUGGAACGUGUGGAUGGACGGAGAUUGGUAUAUAAAUUUGGGAAGAACGCCCGGGGAUGGAGAGAAAAUGAAAAUUAGGGCUGUCGGAACAUAAGUCAAAAAACCCACACACACCAUACACACAUACACACACCCACACACCCCACACAUGCACACCAACUACAACAAGCCAAGAACCUCUGGACGUAAAUAUUCAAAGACUACUUUUCUCCUAUUUAUGUACCAUAAGGGAAAAACAAUCUACGUCUCAUGGGAAGAAGGAACACUACGGUUGUUAAAAUUAUUUUGUUACUUUGAAGUAUGUCCUGUAUGGGGAAAAAACGUACACAGUUUUCUGUGAAAUAUGAUACUGAAUGUGGUAGUGAUCAGUUUUUGCCUCUGUUGUGAAGUUAAUUUCCAUUGCAAGAAUAAUGUGGUUCUCAACCUUUUGCAACCUGCCUAAAGGAUGAAAAAACAGAAACGAAAAAGAGAUCAGAGGGCAUUAAAUGUUUUUUUCUUUUUCUUUUUCUAAAUGCAAGAUAACAUAGAAUAAGGUGAUGUGUUUUCUGUGCAUGAGGAUGCCAAGUGUCCUUCUUGGGAGAGAUGGACACAACAGAUGGACUGUAUUCCAAUGACAUAACUCUGGUAUACUGGGGACCUACUGGAUCAAAGGUGAUGAGCCUGAAGGAUGCUGGGGGAUUGGACUUGAUUUCUGUGUGAUCAGUGAUUGGAGGCUGGAGAUGAUGCUGAUUUCACUAUGGCCCCUUUAUAACACUAUAUGAUAGAGUUUAAUGGAGAGAGAAAGGUUAAGAGAAUCAUUGCAUCAGGAAUUCUGUACCAUAUUAGCCUGCUGUAGAGAUUGGUGAGACUCUUCUGUCUCAGACCCUUUUCCCUUGCUCCCAGACCUAGUGCUGCUCCAUCCUUGCCUUGGCUUAUCCUUGUUUUUAUAUGAAGUAGGCAAGGUUGUAGGAAACAUUGUGUGGUGGGAGUAAUCAAUGGGUUCAUUUGCACCCUAACUUGGAAAGCAAAUCUAAGAAGCAAUCUCCUUGCCCUUUAGAUCAUCUACAACUGGGGAGGCUCCAAAGAUUGUCUUUUAGGGGAGAAUCAACUUCUAAAAUCUAAAAUAAGGGAAAAAGACAUAUAAGGGAAACAAAGUCAUGUAACUGGAACAACAGUCAGACAAUUACUGAUGGAAUUUUAAAGGGAAUCACAAUUAUUUUGGGGAAGUUACAUGUGUGUGUUGGGGAUGUGAGGUGAUGAGAAUAUUUUUUUUCAAUCUUUCCUUUUAUUUUAGAAACAAUACUAUGUAUUGGUUCCUAGGGAGAAGAGUGGUAAGGUUUAGGCAAUAGGAGUUAUGUGACUUACCCAGGGUCACACAACCAGGAAGUGUCUGAGGCCAGAUUUGAACCCAGGAAUUCCUGGCUCUCUAUCCACUGAGCCACCUAGCUGUCCUCAAUGAGAAUAAUUUUUGAAAAUAAAAUUUUCUCCCAAUUCUUUUCUCUCUUGGCUCAGUUCUUCUGGGUUCAUCUUUUCUAGCUCUAACCUAGAUGGCUGUCAUUCCACAUUUUGAUCAGGAAAUAAUAUUACCAGAAUGGGCAAUAUGGUGUAGUAGAAAGGAUGUUGGAACUAAAGUCAGAGGGUCUUGGGUUUGAAUCCUGACUUAGCCACUCAAUGCUUGAGAGAUUUUCAGCCAGUCACUUCCUCUUCUGGGCUUCAGUUGUCUCAUCUAUAAAAUGAGGGGUUUAGACCAGAUGUCCUUUAACAUUUGUUGUAGGUCUCAAUCUAUGAUCCUGUGAUUUUUAUUAUUGUGACACGUUACCAGGGGCACCUGUAGCUGUGGGAUUAGUUCUGAAGUGUCUAAAAAAAGUGUCUAGGUCUUGCCUCAAAGUGGGCAGGGUGGGGGGGUGCAAACGAUCUCUCAAAAUGGAGCUAGGUGAGCUCAAAUCUCCCUUCCUGUUCCACUUUUUGACUUGUCCCAAGCCCUUGACCUUCCCCUCACUUUUCUGCCCCAUUUUCUAGUCUGUGAAAUGAGGACCAAAAUGGGAUGCCACCAAGAUUACAGGGACCUUCAUCCUCUUUUAUUCCCUAACACACAGUGGGCACUCAAUAAACAUUUGCCAAUUUAGAUUUGCAAAUAGGAUGGAGGCAAGAGGACUUGUGGCUUGUCUGGAAGAGAAACCCACUGGGUGAUCUUGGAGCUGGAGCCUGGAUGACCUCCAUGUUAUUCUUUGGCUUGGUGGUGCCACAAGUCUGGUCCCAGUGGACUGUAGUUUUUCCAUGAACAAUUAUUGGGUGACUGAAAAAAAUGACAGUGUAGCUCUAUCCAGGGCAUCAAUAAAAAUAAUAGCUAGCAUGAUGUAGCUCUUUAACACUUACAGAGGUCUUUACCUUCUGCAUAUUAUUUGAUCCUCACAUCUGCCUGGUGAAGUGGGAGGUAGGAAAUGGUUAUUAAGUUCAUUUUACGACUGGUGCUUGGGAGAGAUGUACAGACUUGCCUGUAGUCCAGGGGAGGAUUUAGCUGAGUUAGGACUUGAAUUCAGCUCCCCAGACUCAGGACCAGAGUCCUAUCCCCUACAGGACAGCAUACUUCCUUCUCCUUGAGGUUUUCUUAGUAAGGAAAAGACUGCUAAGGAAACCUGCCCUCCCUUCACUAAUUUUUAAAAAAGAAAAUACAUAUCAAUAUUUUAGUAUCCAAUUGUCAAAAAUAGUUAUUACUUAUGUAUAUUAGGAGUGUUAAAAUGUGUAGAGUAUAAGCUCCUUGAGGGCAGGGAUGGCUUUAUUUUCUGUAUCUUCCCAGGAUGUAGUACAGGACUUGGUAUGUAUUAGGUAUUUAAUAAAUGUUUAUUGAAUUAAAUUUAUCUUCCACCGAAGACUCAACUUGCCCAAUUCUCCUCUUUGACCUUUUCCCUCAUUGCUUCCUGAUUAUUAUCAUCCCCUACAGCCAGAGCACCCAGUUCUCUGAUCUAAAAAUAGCAUUCUAGGCAACGCCUGAUUUCCUUAUUUCAGAGAGAGCCUUUCUUGACAGUUUUUCUGAGGUGGACCCUCAUUCUCUGGGCUAAUCAAAGCUCCGAGCAGUAACUGUGGGUGCUCAGUGCGAUUGGAGAGUGCCAGCGUGGUCCCAAGUUGCUUCUCAUCUGCUGGGCGCAUUCUCUCCCUUGGCACUGGGUCCCUGUCUGAAUAGCUUGGGGUAUUCAAUUCUCAGCUUCUGCUCCAGUCGUCUCCAUUGGAUUUUGUACAUUUUUUUCUGGGCUGGCUGUUAGUGACCUGGAGAUUCUAAAACAGGCAGUUGUGCCAAUUUGACUGGUAAGGGUGAAAACUGAGUAUUUCCCAGUAUAGUGCCCAAAAGGGAGGGAGGAGAAUCCUAGGGUUCUAUCAGAACUCAGUCCUCCUUGGAGAAUUGGCUAGACUCCUAGAUUUGGAGGCUAGGAGGGACCUUAGAGGACCAACUUCCUUGUUUUGCAAGUAAGUAUAUUGAAAUCAGGGAAGGAUGAAUGGUUGCACAGGUGGGAUUUGAACACAGUUCCUCUACCUCCAGUGAGGUCUCAGGACUGAAUGGGGCUGAGGAUGGUUCAUCCCUGUGAGCCGGGUACUUUCUCCAGUCCCUUAUAAUCCCCUGCCUGAAACUUCCCAUUGAUGCCCUGGAUAUACUCAGAAUGGAGAGAGAAUUGCUCAUUCAAAAUAUUUCCCUUUGGUCUUCUUUUCCUGAGGCAAUGAAUGCUCUUAGCCCUCUCAGAUCUCCUGAGACCUUAUUGGUUGGGUCUGGAAUUACCUUAGCCCAACAAAGUAUAAAAAGGGCUCUCUCUUUUUGAGUUAGGGCACUUCUGAUUUCUUGUAAACAUAGCCUAAGAAGGUAGCAAACAUGGCGGACGUCUCUUGUGCAUAGCCUCCUCAUCUCUUGAAAGCCCCAAGUGUAAUUUAGGAAAUAUCAGAUGCAAAUUGCUUCAUCUUUGGGACAGCGGCUAGCAGGAUGAUUCUCUUCCCCCCUCCCCCCAAGAAAAUUCAUUAACCUGUGAGCUUGGCAUUGUGGGAUUUCAGCCUGAUCUUACAGGAAACCAAAGACACUCACUUAUCUUGGCAAAGAGGAAGAUGUUGGACACAUGAAUUCUACUACCUUAUUUAAAACUGUGAUUCUUAACCUGGUGUGCAAAGCAGCAAUGAACCUUUGACCAGUUUUAACCAAUGAAGAGAUGUGUUUAUAUGAUGUAAAUUGCUAUUUAAAUGUAAAGCAUUUCUAAGCUCUAGUAUUUUUUUAAUAUUGAAUAAAUUUUUUUAGGGUUAGCAAUAGGACUUUUAGCGAGGAUGUGUAGGUUUUGCAAGCCUGUAGUCUUUCUAAUGUAUAAUAUAUAGAAAAAUGUAAAAUGCUCAGUGCUACAAACUGUUCUAUGAUCCUUAAGAAACCAAACCCAUAAAUAUUUAUUGAGCACUUACUAUGUGCCUAGCACACCUAGAAUCUAUCUACAGCAUCCUAUCCUAUGCACAUAGUAGGUCCUGAAUAAAUAACUUGCUGAAUGGACAAUAUUGGAACAGAAUUCUCUUUCACGUUUGCUGUCAGGAACAUUUUCUUUGACUGGAAUAAGAGCAGUUAAAAUAAAACUGGCUCCUUUA